CUCAGUGUUCUCAUCAUGCACACAACGAUCGACUUGCAUAUUGUGCUUGCUGAUGGUGUCGUUGUCCACCCCACCCCCAACGUGAACGACAUGAUCAAGUCCGUCGUGUUGGGCUACGACCCCCUUUCGAUUCCGCGUAUGCUCAUGAAGAUCGAGUCGGAGCCUGUGAUCUACGAGCCCCACCGUGACCAGCGCGAUGGAAAGCUCUGGUACUUUUGCGAUGGUCUCUGGAAGAAGGCUCCACACAAAGAGGCGUUCGUGGCACUCCUUACCGAUCCAAAGGGGGGCUUCCAGCGUUUCGCUCGCUUGCUCCUGGAGCAGUACCGCCGUCGCCUGGGUACCCUGGCUCAUGCACCCGAUGCAUGCAAGGCCACCUCCAAAUCCAUCGAAUCGGUGCACGCUCUGGCUGGACACUGUGUUACAUGGCUGAAGGGCUGCAUGCACGACACCGACGUCGCUGACUGGUUCGACAAACACCACGAGCGUGCGUCGACGGUGGCACUCUUCAAAAACAAAGCGACACUGGAUCUCACCAACUUGGUGUCCAGAUAUCCAAAGCCCAGUGAUGGCUUUUGUGUCACGUUGCCAUACGACUUUUCCCACGACCUCGUGCUCUCCAGUCGCACCGAUCUCGAUGUGAUGGAGUUCCUCUCGACCAUCAUGAACAACGACACCGAGACGGUGGAGUACCUUCUCGAUUUCCUCUCCCUGUGCAUCAAUUUCAUCGACAAGCCAGACAAGUUCGUUCUCUUCAUCGCCGGCCACGAAAAGACCAGCGGCAAGCACCUGCUCUUGCGUCUCAUCAAGAACGCACUGGGGGACAUGGCGAUGUCCUUCCCGGGUGAGCUGCUGCGCCACACGAAGCAGACCGGAAGCGAGGACGUCACCCCACUCUUCAAUGGGAUUGCGAAAUCACACGCCGCACUGGCCAUCGGCGUGGGCUUCAAGAGCAAAUGGACGAUCGGAGAGGGUACCCUUCUCAAGCUGGCCACGUGCGAUCGCAUUUGUCGACGCGAACCCCUAAGGCCCAUUGUCGAGAUGCGCAUGGAAAAGUACAAGACCAUUGUGUCCGUCGACGGUGAUGGCCCAUUGACCAUUGAUGUCACUGGCGACAUGGUCACGGCGUAUCGAAGGGUCGCUGUCAUUCAUUUGGAUCGUGUGGUCGUCCCGGAAAUGCAGGUGGCAGAGCCUGGCACCAACCAGAUCUACCUGCCCGACGACAUCGGGGAGAGUGUCGACAGCAGCGAUUGGGGGAUGGCGCUGCUCGGGAUGCUCAUCAGACGUUUGAGAGUCAUCACGAAAACCCCCAGGGCUUUCUCCACCGAUGCAGGCUGCUGCGCAAUGGGUGUGCAGCGAGCGACCAUGAAGCUCCUGCCUCAGUACAACCCACCAUUCCCCGGAACCUGGGGUCACUUGCACGAGGUCGCGAAGAGCGUGAGAGUACCAAAGACACAGCCAAAGUCGAAGCCAAAGACAACCAAGAGAAAGUGAGAGUCGUGGGGUGAUGCCAUCCUGUGGGGUGUCCAUUGGAAUAUGGAGUGCGCAAGUGCCACUACCGGUCUCCACCG